AUGGCUCAGUCAGGUGCUCCAGUCACCCAGCCGCUUGAACCACAGGGAAGGUCCCCAGCUGCAAUCGAAUUUGGUCGCUAUGAAAUCCAGACGUGGUACUCAUCGCCAUAUCCUCAAGAGUAUGCAAGAUUACCCAAGUUAUUCUUGUGUGAAUUCUGUUUAAAAUAUAUGAAAAGUAGGAGUAUUUUAAAAAGACACAUGGAAAAAUGUGGCUUAUAUCAUCCUCCAGCAAAUGAAAUUUACCGACGAGGCGAAGUCUCUGUAUUUGAAGUGGAUGGAAAUGUAAACAAAAUAUACUGUCAGAAUCUAUGUCUACUUGCCAAGUUAUUUCUAGACCACAAAACUCUUUACUACGAUGUGGAACCGUUCUUAUUCUAUGUACUUACAGUCAAUGAUAGUAAGGGAUGUCAUCUCGUGGGAUACUUUUCCAAGGAGAAGCACUGCCAACAGAGGUAUAAUGUUUCGUGCAUUAUGACACUGCCACCUUAUCAGAGACGAGGCUUUGGAAGGUUCCUCAUAGAUUUCAGUUAUCUGCUAUCAAGAAGGGAAGGUCAACCAGGGUCUCCAGAGAAACCAUUAUCUGAUUUGGGGAGAGUCAGUUACGGUGCAUACUGGAGGAGUGUAAUAUUAGAGUAUCUACAUAGAAAUCAGAAUACAGUCAUCACCAUAAAAGCAAUUAGUCGAGCCACAGGUAUGUGUCCACAUGAUAUAGCAGCAACAUUACAAAGUCUUAAUAUGGUAGCAAGAAUAAAUGAGAAGGUGGUGUUAAGCAUACGUAGGAGUGUAAUCAAUGAACAUAUGGCUAAAUUAAAGAAAUGGAAAGAAAGAAGAAUAGAUUUAGAUUCAGAAAGUUUGAGAUGGUCGCCUAUAGUUAGUGGUACAGCUAUCAUUGAAGAAGAAAAAGAAGCUGAGAGAGAGGUUGAAAAGAUGGGAGCAUUAGUCGAUGGUUUGGCAGAAGACAGGCAUGCUAAUGAUGAGCCAAAAGUAGUAAAAAAUAAAACCAAGGAUGUUUUAGAAGACAUCAAUGAUGGAUCUCAAGCAAAGGCAUUUCCACACAAGAAACGUGGCCGUAAAAGGAGGCGGCGGGCAACUGGUUGGGGACAUGAUACGAAGCGACCCAAAAAACCCAAAUCGAAAGUAAAGUCAUUACUCCCAGUAGUGUCACUUCCUGAGAAAGAAAACCAAGCUAUGAUUGACACUGUUUGUGAGAACGGUCCAGAAUUGGUACAUGCCAAGGUUGAAAAUAAGGAGGAGCCUCCAGAAAAGAAAAGUAAACAAGAAGACAAAGAAAUUGAAGAUCUUGUAAGUGAGGAAAAAGAAAUUGCUGAAAUGGUUGAAGAUGACAAGAAAGCAAAUAGUGCAGAUUCUGUCAAUAAAACUGAUGAUGAUGAGGAGGAGGAUGAUGAUGUUGAUGAAGAUGAAGAUGAUGUUGAUUCAGAGGUGCCAAAAAACGACAAGCCCAUGACCCCUGUCAAACGUAAACGUGGGUGGCCAAAGGGGGUCAAACGGGGCUCCUUUUUCAGGCGGCCAUCCAAAAAACAGGGUCGCCCACCCAAACGUAGAAUCCAUAUAAAUGAUGAUGAUGGGAAAGUAAACAGCACUCAGGAAGAUUCUGUCAAGAAACCAAAACAGGAUAAUAUGGAUGAGGAUGAGUUGUCUCUUGAAGCUUCUGAUACAGAAGAGAAAAAUGAUGUUGAAAAUAAAGAUAUUGAUGGCCAGGAUAAAGAUACAGAUGACAGCAAAGAUGAAGAAAGGAAACAGGAGGAGAGUGUUAAUAAUCAUGUUGAUAGUGAUUGUAAUGAAAACAGCAAUUGUGAGGAGGAAAAGGAGGAGUUGUCUGAAACGAUAGGCAGCAAUGACUGUGACAAAGAAGAAAACAAAAAUGAAGAAGAGAAUAAACAGCAGUCAAAAAACGAGGAGGGGGAGGAGGAGGAAAUGGAAAAAAGACAGGACGAGGACGAAAAUGGAGAGGAAGAUCAGGAGCUAAAUGAGGAUAAGUCUGAGGUUGAGAAUGAAGGACAAGAUGAUCAUGAUGGAAUUUCAGUUACAAAGCAGGAUGACAAAAAAGUGAGUGAACAAAAAGAUGUAGAAAAUAAUGAUGCUGAUAGCAAUGAAAGUGGUGAUGAUGAGGAUUUAGAAAUGCCACAGUUGGAACAAGAGAGUGCAGUGAAUAAAUCUCAAAAAGAAGUAAACAAACAAAAUGUGGGAGAGAAUUUUCGUGACUUUCGUGAGCCCUCAGUAGAGGAGACUGAAGAGACUGGUGAAGCUGUGAGUAAUUUACAAGCUGCUGAAGCUUUGGAGGAGGUAGAUGAGGAAAACGAUGAGGAACCUGCUAAUUCAUUCAACGACUCUAACGAGGAGACCAAUUACCGGUCUGAAGCUGAAACUGCGCUUGAUAAUGAUGAUAUAUCAGCUCCUGACUGUGCCAUGGUGUCACAGAAUUUUCCAUCUUGUAGUAAUCCAACACAUAGUCCUGUCAAGCCUUGUAUGGAAAUAGCGGAAACAUUGUUUGACAAUGAUGCAGCGCCUCCUCCCCCACCACCACCGCCGCCACCUCCGCCGUCUCAAACACAGACUUGUCUAGACAGUAGUCCUGUAACAACUGCUCAAGUUAAUCUUACAAGUGCACCAUUGCAUGGUCCCCGGAGUGCUGCACCUCCUCCUCCACCACCACCACCUCCUCCCCCUUUACAUCAUGGUAGUAGUCCACAAUUUGGUGCCAGCAGUCCUCAAGUUCCUAUGAGUCCUCAAGUACAGAUGAGUAGCCCUCAUGCUCCAAGUCCACAGGUACAAAUGAAUAGUCCUCAAAGAGCCAUGCAUAGCCCACAUGCAGGAAGCCCACAAGUUCAGAUGCACAGUCCACAUGCCAAUGGAUCACAAGUACAAAUGCAAAGCCCAAUGCCAGCUUCAAGUAGUCCUCACCCACAGGCAACACUACAGAGUCCACAUUCAAAUAGCUCACAGGUUCAAGGAAACAGUCCACAAGUGGUAUAUACUGAUCCUCUACCAGGAUCGCAAAAUGAAAAUAGCUCGAACAAUAACAUGCUGUAUAGUACUAGCCCACGUCCAGCUCAGAUUGAACCACCAUCAGCACCUAGUACCAGCUGUAGUUUGGCCAAGUUACAACAAUUGACAAAUGGUAUAAUGCAGGAUAGUGACCUAAAAGUGCCACAGUCGCCUCAUACUAACCCAAAUCUUACGCCGCCACCGAAUUCAAGUCCCUCACCUAAUAUGACACCGCCGCCAUCAUUGCAAAGAAACAUGACUCCCCCUAUUACUCACACUCCCCCAUUGCAACGGUUGCCACAUUUACAAUCACAAAUGCCGAACAAUAUUCAUGGCAUGGUGAUGCAGUCGCAUAAUGGUAUGCUUGUUCAAAAUAACAUGCUACAGCAGCAGCAACCACAGCAAAUGCAGCAACCACAGCAAUCAUUAACGCCUCAACCAGUAAUGAACCAUCACCACCAACAACCUCAAAGAAGCAUGCACCACCAACAACACCAUCAUCAACAGCAACAGCAACAGCAACAACAGCAACAGCAGCAGCAACAACAACAGCAGCAACAGCAUCAUCAUCAUCAUCACCAACAGCACCAACAGCAGCGUGUUGCUAGUGCACCCCCACAAUUUACAACUAUGCAGGCACCUGUAAGUCGGCCACUUUCACAGCCAUCACAGUAUCAACAGCAAAGAGCAAGCUCUCAUACAAUACACCAUUAUAAACAUCAACAAUCGCAGCAUCAGGCACAACCCCAAGUGCAACAUCAGCAGCCUCAGCAACAACUUCACCAUCAACAGCCCACAGGCAACACAAAUACCUAUAACUAUAUACCAAAUUACAAUGGUUACCACCAAAUGCACCAUCAACCGGUCAAUAAUAGUUACCAUAGUAACCCCCCAUACUUGGAGCAGCAUCAGGUUCCCAUGCAGAUGGGAGUUGUUACACAACCACCAAUUGGUGUCCCAAACUCAAAUCGUUACCAUGCCAAUAGGACUGUUUACCCACAAUACAGUAUAAUAAACCACCAGGUUGGUGGACAGACAGUUAUGCGACGGUGAAACUUGCAAAUUUAA